GGCGGCCCCCAGCAUUUGGGCAUACUAUAUACUCAUGCGGACAGAACAGCUGCUGCUGUUCAACCAGGGAUUCGUAUGUUAGCUGUCUCCAGAUCAUCGCCUAUCUAGUGCGCUCCGGCUCGAGCUGUCAGUCUCCUGGCCUGGUGCUGGUGCUGGUACUACUUCUGAACGAUGAACACCAGGCCCGCAUCGCUGUUUGAAACUGCCGAACACCGCGGCUUCCAAACGUGCUUCGUAACCUUGAAUCUGGGUCCUUUGCGCGCUGUUGCUGUCUCAGCACGUUCUAUCAGAACAUAUGGCGACCGACCAGAGUAGACUACUGGAAUUGAGCGCUAUAAUAGCCGAUGGGACCAGAAAGAUCGAUAGCUAUCUGAGGGAGAAGGGUCUCCCUAGUCCGUCCUUGUCGGUGGAUGCCCCGCCGCAGGCCUCAUUGCCGUUGGAAUUGUUCAAAGCUCAGAGCGAGGUGUUACAGGCGAGCAGUGAAUUACAGGUACUCAUAAAUGGACCACUGACUCAUCUGACACGCCUUGCGAGUCCGACGAACAAUGUAUUCAUGAGUCUUCAAGCCAUAUAUCGAUAUCGCAUUGCUCUUGCACUCUCGUUUGACGAAGAGGUCUCGUAUGCGGAGCUCGCCAUUCGAUGCCGGAUAGACCCGAGUGAUCUCAAACGCCUGUUACGGCUGGCUGUUGCCUUCUACAUCUUCGAAGAACCACGUAAAGGCUAUAUACGUCAUAAUGCGACAUCCAAGCUUCUCGUUCAGAGCCCCUUACUACAUCAGUGGAUAGGUGUCCUGGUAGAUGAGAUGUGGGCUGCUGGGGCACGAACCGUCGAUAGCAUGCAGAAAUGGCCCGGAUCAGAGGAACCCACGGAAACAGGGUAUGCGUUGGCGCACGGCCAAUCGCUAUGGGACGCACUGAGGUCUAACGAGCUUCGAGCACAACGCUUUGCAGAUGGCAUGCAGUAUCUUCAGUCACAUCCCAUAUUCGACAUUUCGCAUCUAUUCAGAGAUCUCGGCUGGACAGAGGAGACCUGUCCAAAGCUACUGGUGGACGUUGGCGGGUCCCAUGGAUCCGUUGCGAUCAAACUUCUACGACGAUUCCCAAGACUGCGAUGUAUCAUCGAGGAUAUGCCUGAAGUCGUCACAACCGCACGGGUGCCAGAAGACGUGGCAGACCGGAUUGAGUUCCAACCGUACAAUUUUUUCAUGCCACAGCCUGUGAAAGGGGCUGAUGUAUACUUCUUCCGGUCUAUCCUCCACGACUGGUCGGACAAGUAUGCAGUUCAGAUCAUCCGAAACCUGGUCCCUGCAAUGAAACCCGGGGCUAGGAUCAUUUUUAACGAAGUCUGCUUACCUCAAGCAGACGACCUGGAACCAUAUCAUAUCCAAGUCAUACUUGGUUAUGAUCUUGCAAUGAAACACAGUUUCAACUCAAAAGAACGUGAUGUCGAGGAUUGGGGUAAACUUCUAGCGAUGGCUGAUCCGCGCUUCGAGAUCACCAGAAUAGCGCAUACCCCUGGGUCGAUUCUUUCAGUCAUUGAGGUCGCGUGGACAGGCCCAGAUGUCACUGACGAUGACGAGACUCUGUCGACAGAUGGGUCUAGUGUUGAGGAAGAAGAGGAGGAUAAAUCAGUGACCAUCUAAAUGAUCUGUACUCUCAUGUGUUGAAGAUACCAUUAGGCAGUAACGCCGCAACUGUUAAUCAAGGUGCAUGAGUUGGAUGUGUCAUUUUAGGCUCACUCAGACUAUCAAUAGACGGGAAAG